AUGGCUAAACAAGUUACAGAGCCUCUUAGUACUUUGAGGGUACUGAUGUUCCCAUUUUUGGCUUAUGGACACAUCUCUCCAUUUCUAAACGUAGCCAAGAAACUCGCGGAUAGGGAAUUCUUGAUUUACCUCUAUUCUACGCCCAUCAAUCUCAAAUAUGCCAGCAAGAAAAUCCCUGAAAAGUAUGCUGAUUCGAUUCAGCUUGUCGAACUUCACUUACCAGAAUUACCCGAACUUCCUCCUCAUUACCAUACUACCAAUGAUCUCCCACACCAUCUCCAUCACACCCUUCAAAAAGCCCUGAAAAUGUCCAAACCAAACUUCUCAAAAAUCUUGGAAAAUCUGAAACCUGAUUUGGUGAUUUAUGACAUAUUGCAGCAAUGGGCUGAACGUGUCGCGAAUGAACACAACAUUCCAGCAGUUAAGCUCCUAACUUCGGGUGCAACUGUGUUUUCGUAUUUUACAAUAUCACUGAAUAAACCAGAGGAUGUAUUCCCAUUCCCUGAAAUUUAUCUCAGGAAAAGUGAACAAGUAAAAAUGAAUGAAACUUUAAAAUGUGCUAAAGAGAUAGAACCUGAUGAAGGGGAUCGUCAAGCUGAUGGAAAUAGACAAAUUAUGCUGAUGAGUACCUCUAGAAUUAUAGAGGACAAAUACAUAGAUUAUUGCAUUGAUUUCCUCAAUUUGAAGGUUAUUCCAGUUGGUCCACCAGUCCAAGAUUCGAUCACUGAUGACGCUGACGACAUGGAGCUUAUAGAUUGGUUAGGAACAAAAGAUGAGAAUUCAACUGUUUUUGUCUCAUUUGGGAGUGAGUAUUUCUUGUCAAAAGAAGAUAUGGAAGAAGUAGCUUUCGGGUUGGAGUUAAGUAAUGUUAAUUUCAUAUGGGUUGCAAGAUUUCCAAAAGGUGAAGAGCGAAAUCAUGAAGAUGCAUUGCCAAAAGGUUUUCUUGAAAGAAUUGGAGAAAGGGGAAGAGUAGUUUUGGACAAAUUUGCACCACAACCAAGAAUUCUAAAUCAUAUGAGUACCGGAGGAUUUAUAAGUCAUUGUGGUUGGAAUUCAGUAAUGGAAAGUAUAGAUUUCGGGGUUCCUAUAAUUGCCAUGCCUAUGCAUCUUGAACAACCAAUGAAUGCGAGGUUGAUUGUAGAAUUGGGAGUCGCAGUGGAGAUUGUAAGAGAUAAUAAUGGGAAAAUUCACAGAGAAGAAAUCGCAGAAAUUCUUAAAUGUAUCAUAACAGGGGAAACAGGGGAAAAUUUGAGGGCUAAAGUGAGAGAUAUCAGCAAGAAUUUGAAAUCUGUAAGAGGUGAAGAGAUGGAUGCUGCUGCUCAGGAGAUAAUUCAACUUUGUAGGAAUAGUAAUAAGUGCAAAUAA